GGGGAGGGCAGAUCUGUGGCAUUUUGCCGCUGGAAGAAAGCCGUGUGGUGGAGAAGAGCGGACAUGGUCUCGCCAAACCGACCAUCAAUCAACCACUCUCACCACAUCGUCGCCACCCCUUCCCCCCGCGCCAGCUCGAGCAAUAGGAGCGGCUUUGUCCAGGUCGUCGUGGAAUCCCCGUUCUCCUUGCCACCUCAUCCGUUGACCCCAUUGGGUUAGGUGUUUCUUCGCUUUAGUUCUUUCCCUUUUUCCUUUACGUCUGAGAAAUAGAAAUGAAAAGGAAUGAUAUGCCUCGAGGGGGUCACUCUAGUCCUGUACAGUACAUACAGGACUCACCCGCUUCCAAAAAGGGAGUUAAACGCGAGGAAGGUCUUGUAAAGUUCCAUCAUCCAUCCGUGCCCUGCCCCCCUGAGGAGACG